AUGAUUGGGAAGCUGCAGUAUUUGACAAUAACCAGACCCGAUUUGUCUUACUUUGUAAACAAAUUGAGCCAAUUCCUUGCUACACCUCAGAUUCCUCAUAUGCAAGUAGCUCAACGAUUGCUUCAGUAUGUUAAAGAGUGUCCUGGUUUGGGACUUUUAUUUCCAGCAAGUUCAGAGGUUAAGCUAAAGGCUUAUAUGGAUUCAGACUGGGCAGCUUGUCAAGACACUAGACAGUCUACUACAGGUUUUUGUGUAUUUCUUGGACACUCAUUGAUAUCAUGGAAAAGUAAAAAGCAGCAAACGAUUUCACGCUCUUCAGCUGAAGCCGAGUACAGAGCAAUGGAAGAUGCCACUUAUGAGGUUGUUUGGUUAAUUUUUGUAUUGAAGGAACUAAAACAAGUUCAUGAAGAGCCAGUAGAAUUAUAUUGUGACAACCAAGCUGCAUUACACAUAGCUGUCAAUCCUUUUUUUCAUGAGAGAACCAAGCAUAUAAUCUGGAAUAAUCAAAACCUCACAUGUUUCAUCUCAGGAACAAAUUGCUGA